UUCCUUGUGCAUGUGCCAUGCGCCAGACAGCAGGGUCGUGUUUUCAGAUUUUUGAGCUUCACCAAACUUAUUACUUACUUGCGAGAUAACUAAUUCUAGCAUUACCUUGUUCGCAUCUGUUCACGAAAUUUCCUUCAGCGAUGAAAGCGUAAUCUUCCUGCCAUUUCUGUCCUAGAUUGUCCAUAAGUUCACCUGAAGGCAUCAAUCAAUUUGCCGAAAUAUGCUCACGUAAAAUCCAUAGCUGAAUAAUUGCAGUUUCGACAAUUUGUAGGGAUAAAUUAAGUUUGAUUUAAUAUCCAAUGGAGAGUGAUUUGGAAGCUGAGGAAGCAGAAACAAGCUUACCAGAGGAUGAUGAUUGGGCUGAGUUUGCUAGCCAUGGCGCAGGUCCAACGCCUCCUGCCAGUGUAAAUUCCUUCCCAGUGUGGCGAAAAGUCCUCAGUGACAGCUUUCCGAAUAAUGCUUGUGACUCAGACUCUUCAGUGCAGCACGUACCAAUUUUAGCUAAGACAGAACUCCAGGAAGAAUUCAUGUCUUUGAUUAUGAAACGGGACUUUGAGCGAGAAACGAGCCUUCCGGGGCGAUCUUCACUCUGGCAGGAUCUUCUCCCGAUGAGGAAUUUUCUGACUUCUGAGCGCAGUCUUGGUAGCAAUCAACCAUGCUUGGAGAGCGUGAGGACGCAACACAACAACCUCACCAUCGCGCUGAGAGAUGUCAGCUUUGAGCUCGAACUUCCCAGCAUAUCCGGCAGUACGCCAAUGACGGCGUCACCCGUAUCGGCUUCGCCCGUGUCAGCCUCACCCGCAUCACGCUCACCAGACAUCAACGGCGUGGUCCCUCGUAUGUUUUCGUUUGGUCUGUUGAAUCCCAACGCGCCAGGCAGUCAACCGUCAAGUGGUCUCAGCAGUGACUUGACAAUACCAUCUAAGGAUGACGAUCCCUUUACAAGGUCCCAGUCUUUUGCUUGCAUGCCUACGGGUGCUAGCAAUGGAGGUCGAUCGCGGCGCAUGUCUGCGAAUGCCGACAGCAGCUCUGCAUCUCGAGCGGGCACUCCAGAGAUCGAACUUGGAUUUGCACAGGACGUAGCAGCCAAAGGUUUGGCUAGGCUGCCACUAGAUUUGUUGCAAGAGAUGCAUCAUGAGUUAACAGACAAGGCGCAUCAUCUUAGCGAUGAACUCAUCAAUGGUCUUGAAGCGAGGGAUCGCCUUCUGAGAACUACCAAGACUCGCAACGAGUUUGUGGCAGCCUACCUGUCACUGCAAACUGCCGUGUCCGAGAGCAAAUCGCGCAAAAACAGCGACUCGCGCGCCAAGGCGAAGCGUGGCGAGAGCUCUGCUAGUAACAAGUUCCUGAGCGCCAAGCUAAUGUACAAGGGAGACGCAAGCUUACUGAAGCCCAGUACUCUGGAACGACUCACUGGCGUGAUGAGUGCAAUGGCAGCCGGCAGCAACGAUGUGUCUUCUCUAAUGAGCAAAUACUUAGCAAUUGACGUGUUUGAGACGGAUCAGGAUGACUCGGCAUCACCGCCGAUAUCUCCGUACGUAGCAUCACCAAUGUGUUUCGUGCCUGGUACUACUACUACGCCUUCAGCCGGGCCAAGCCCCACGGCGAAUGGUGUAGUCAACUCUGCGUAGACAGGGGCUCGAAGCCUGUUGUUUUGCACCCACUUGGCAUUGUGACCUUGACGAUUGCAUCACUGCUUUACUCCAUGCCUGUUGACUUGUGUUUCCCAGCGAAUCUAAGUCUGUUGAUUCGUUUUAUUACUUUCCCUGAACAAAGGGUAUUCCCUGCUACAGUGUAGGUGCUGGCCACCACUUGCUGCUAACCCGCAACACCAACAUAUUGGAUGUGCUGUUAUCUUUUUCCUUUACGUCCUGUUAUUUUCUAACCCAUCGAAACAGUCACUUUGACUCCAGGACUUCACUCCAUUAUCAAAGGCCCGUGAGUCAUGACCAGGGUGUCUUUUCUUGACAUUAGGCCAUGCUUGCCGAAAAGCAUUGCUUUGGUAACGAUGAGUUUGUCCUUCACAGAGAGUUUUAUUUAUUCGCCUUCUGGUCGCAAUUAUAGGUUGUGUAGACUGAUGAACCUA